UGACGGGGAGAGAGCGCUGACCAGCGCCGCGGCUGCCGCUGCACAGACGGGUAACGGUCCCGGUGUACAGGGGGAUCCGGGGCUCCCGGGGAACAGCCCGGAGGAGUGGCGGGGAAGGUUGGAUGCCAGGAGCUGCUGUGUUCCGCAGAGCAGGCGAGGCGGGGCAUCAGAGGGGAGUGCUGGGUCGGGCCGGGCCGGCAGCGGGGCGGCAGCUCCGGGCACUAUCCCACUCCCACAGCCGAUGAGAGAGACCUCCAGUCUACACCAGGCGCGCUGGCACUGGGUAUCCGGGGGGUGAGGACUGUGGUCUGCAGGAAGUGAACUGCAGAUGCUGACUUAAACCGAAGAUAGACACAAACAAGCUGGAGUAACUCAGCGGGACAGGCAGCAUCUCCGGAGAAAGGGAAUGGGUGUCGCUUCAGGUCGAGACCCUUCUCCAGACUGUUUGGUGCGUUUGUGAGGUCUGUCGGUCGGAGUUUAGCCUUGAUUCAGGGGCUUGGCCGGGCUGGACCAUGCCCAUCGCCUGAGGAGAUCGCAGGGAAGUGUUUGAAGAUGAACAGAUCGGACAGUGACGAGUCGACCUACCACCGCAGCCCGUCUCUGGACAGUAAAGACUGCCCCGGGCCGCACGGUAGCUUCCGCCGCUACAGCAGCAUGUACGGCGGGCAGUUCGGAGCGAACACCUCCUUCUUCGGUCUACACUCCAACCCCGGGCCUAAAGCAAGCAAGGCGGAGUACAAGUCACCCAAGGGCAGUAAAUACGUGGUCUUUUACCUGGAUCUCUCAUUUAUAUUCCUUCUAGAGCUGAAGAGAUGUAGCAUGGCACAGAACUGUCUGCACUGCAUCAAAUACCUCAUGUUCGUCUUCAACCUCCUCUUCUGGUUGGCGGGAUGUUGUAUCCUGGGCGUGGGCAUCUGGCUGGCCGUAACACAGGGCAACUUUGCCACGCUCUCUGCUGCCUUCCCAUUCCUAUCUGCCGCCAACCUGCUCAUUGGCACUGGAACUGUGGCGAUGAUAGUUGGAUUUCUGGGGUGUGUUGGUGCCAUCAAAGAAAACAGGUGUCUCCUGCUGUCCUUCUUCACUCUGCUGCUGCUGAUCUUCCUGGUGGAGCUGAUCGGAGGAAGCCUCUUCUGCGUCUACAGGCUGCAGUUCGAUGCCUACGCCCGUGAGGAUCUGAAGGAUGGUCUUCAGCUGUUUGGGACGGAUGGAAAUGUCGGUCUCACCAACGCCUGGAGUAUCAUACAGACAGAUUUUAGAUGCUGCGGAGUUUCAAACUACACCGAUUGGUUUGAGGUUUUCAACGCAACGCAAGUCCCAGACUCCUGUUGCCGGGAAUACACUGCGGCCUGCGGCCUGCACUCUCCAGAGACCUGGUGGAAAGAAGCCUGCUACGAAAGAGUCAAGAUGUGGCUUCAGGACAACCUGCUGGCUGUGGGGAUCUUCACACUGAGCACAGCCCUGGUGCAGGUGGUGGGGUUGACAUUGGCCAUGGUGAUGUACUGCCGGGCGGUGAGGAUGAGCGAGUGCUACACCUAGCGUCGCUCCCCGGCACGCUGCUGUACGCCCGCCCGCCCUCCCCGGUAUCCCCGGUACCCCACGCCCACCUUGGAUGUCCUCCGGUUCUCUCCCUUCUCUGGGCCCCGACUGUGAUUCCUUGUGCAGCCUUUCAAACUCAUUUGAAGUGGUUUCCGCCGUGAAGAUUUGAGCCGGGCACACAGGCAGGGGCCGUGUCCCUGGUGCAGCAAAGGCUUGUGAGGAGGGUGACUGGGGGACAAGGGGCUGGGCGUUUCAUGUGUCUUCCUUGGGCACUGGGAGCCGUGCAUGUGAAGAGGAUGUAGUAUUGACAGUGGCUCCUGGCAAUGACACAGAGGCAAACAGCAGGACACCCACACACACGUCGUCCCAUUACAGGGCAGGCGGCAACGUUGAAGUGUUGGCUGCAGUGUGUGUGUGACUGACUGGGUCACUGCGACUGGCCUGAGUGCCAGCAGCAUCUGGUUCAAGCGAUGCCCCCUGGAACUAGAAGCUCAGAGCUGCUGUGAGCUGCGACAUGUCGAUCGCCUGCAGUGGGUUAUACAUCUCACUCUAAUUGUAAACGCACUUAAAAUGUGAGCCACGCCCUCACUGCGACCAACCUGCUGCUGGACACUAUCACAAGGCCCAGGGCAAGGCGAGGGCAGCAGAGACUGAAAGGUAAACAGUGUCACUCCGGGAACAUUGUGGGUGGCCAACGCCAUCAAAUACUCGGCACCAGACACACAACAUGCGGCUGGCUCCAAACUAGCGGCGGGUGAAAGCUCACCACAACCUUGAAGAACAAGCUGCGCUGAGCAGACAGACUCUGGGCUUUCAGGGAACCCAGAACACAGAGUCGAGGCCGUGUGGACAUUGAGAGUGUGUCUGACAUUGUGUGAAUCCCCGGGCAGAGGCAUCAGCUGUGGGAGCUCAGUGGCCACUACCCGACGGCUGGUCAUAGUGGGACAGGGGAUUUGGCCGUGUGUGGCAGCCGGGUGGGUCAGUAACACCAGGGCAGUGGCACAGGGUCCUCAGCUCACCAGUCUGUCACUGUAUGGUGGGCUGCAGAACUAGUUGCUGCCCUACACCAGGUUGUCUCCGUGUUUAUACCACUUGUUACAUUCUGUACAACAACACAUUACAGAGCAGUACUUCAGGUUAAGGCGGUGACUUUCUCACAGAAUACAGUCCCGGGACAUUGUACUAACUAACUGAACACAGCACAGUAGAACGAGAAAGCUCACAAUCUUUCUGGUUGUUUUUUUUCAUCUGUUACAAUAUGUUAGGCCAACGAAGUACCAGCGUGUUACAAUACAGAGGGACAUUGAUGUACCAAUGAAAUGUGGGAUGUUAUACCUCCAUCUGUCACCCAUCCAUCACCGCCUGGUCACUUGUGGAUUUUAUAGGUAUUUACAACACAGUUUGUCAUCACCUUG